ACUUCUGAAGGGGCAAAACGAUAAUUGGCAGCUACUACAGCCUGCUAGAGUACUAGUGUCAACUCUAAACUCGAAGAUCGAGCUCGGGUCUGUAGUUCGGAUCUUUUUCAGAUCCUGCCGGCCGGUAGCGAUGAGUUUGUCUCUCAUACAAGGCUACUCCUCGGCGGAGGAGGAAGAAGAACAAGAAGAACCUCAGUACCAGAAAUCAUCCUCCGACGAGGAAAACGACGACGUUAUUCCACAAAAAAAUCGUUACAAACCCAUUUUUGACCCUAACCCUGCUUCAUCUUCUUCGCUUCCUUCAGCUCUUGCUGCCUUUUCCGAAAUUUCAGGGCCGCCGCAGUUUUUGAACAACAGUGUUGAAGAAGCUGGAAAGGAAGUGGAGGGGCAGCGACACGGUCGCCGUAAGUACAGCAGAAACAAGAAUGAUUUACCAGCUGGUGCUGUAGUGGAGUCAAAGGCUCAGUUAGUAGGGAUACAUGAGAGGGUCAGAAGUGAUGUCGAUGGGAGCAUCCCAAGGACAGCCACUGGUCAAGCAAGUGUUUCUGUUGGCACUUUACAAGGAGGCAAACCUGUGCCAAGUGCGAGCUAUCCUGGUGCAGAAGAUGCAGCAGAGCUUCUGAGGAUGUGCUUGAUGUGUGGAAUUCCCAAAACAUACACGCACGCAAGAGGGAUGGUGUGCCCAGCGUGCAGUGAUCGCCCUGUAGACGCUGACGAAGAGCCAGUCAAGAAGAAGGGCUCUACCAUUAAAGACAAGGAGAAGAAUAAGAGGAUGAAGGGGCAGUCGUCCCAUGCAUCAUGGAAAAGCGAGACAGAAAUGCAUCUCCGCCAGCAAUUUGACUAGUCAAGUCUAGAACAAGUUGGUCCAGUUAUAUGUAAGGUCCUCCAGUGGCGUAAUCAAUGAACUUUGUACUUUUAGCAGAUAUACUCGGCUGAAGUGAAUCUAGGAAUUGUGCAGUAAUCUGUUUAAAGUGCAUAACCUGUGAUGUAGAUUCUGGUUGGCGUUAAAGCUAAAGUGCCACCACUUUGUUCUGUUGCCUCUUUGUUCGUUUUCCUCAAGAUGUAUCACAUUUCAACAGAAAUUGGGUUUUAGAUACUUUUUGUUUGGAAGAAGUCGUGCAGUCAACAAGUGCUUCAGAUAGAAAGGAUUGCUUCUGUUAA